AAGAAUUUGAGUAGCGGUGGGCGCCUUCGGUACCUGCUCUGGUCAUCGCAGUUGAACUGUACUUAACAGCUGCCCGAGCCAUGAGUGAAUUCAGGAUCCACCACGAUGUGAACGAGCUGCUCAGCCUCCUGCACGUGCGCGGAGGGGAUGGAGCCGAGGGGUACAUAGACCUGCUGCAGAAACACAGGACUCCUUACGUGACCACCACCGUGUCCGCACACAGUGCCAAGGUGAAAUUGUCAGAGUUCUCGAAAACGCCGGAGGACUUCUUGAGGAAGUAUGAGGAGCUAAAGUCCAAAAAUGUUCGCAACCUGGACCCGCUGGUGUAUCUGCUGUCCAAACUCUACACUCUGCCUCAGACCAGCACCAAGAUGUCCAUGCAGGAGCUGGACGAGCUGCGGAAGAAGCUGGGAAACGUGACGGCCAGCUCCAACGCGCCUCUGCCAGCUGAGGUCACACGGAAGAUGCUGAGGGACAAACACAACAAGAAGAACCCCACGCAGCCCAACCCCGUCUUCCCCAACUGGGAGCAGGCUCUGGUGGAGGACCUGCUCUUCGUCCUGAUCGGGGUGGAUGGCCGGGACAUCACGGCUCAGCCCGUCCUGGGGAGGCAGAACCGCUCUUUUAUAGUGGACGCCACCUUGGACAUGUCCAUCAAAGAGCUGGUGAACAGGAUAUUGCCCGUGGCGUCGUACUACUCCACUAUAACCCGCUUUAUUGAGGAGAAGUCCUCCUUCGAGUACGGCCAGGUGAACCACGCCCUGACGGCGGCCAUGAGGACCCUGAUGAAGGAGUAUCUGAUCCUGGUCACGCAGCUGGAGCACCUCCAGAGGCAGGGCCUGCUGUCCCUGCAGAAGCUCUGGUUCUACAUCCAGCCCACCAUGAGAACCAUGGAGAUCCUGGCGUCUCUGGCAUCCUCGGUGGAGAAAGGCGAGUGCAUGGGCGGGUCCACGCUCAGUCUGCUCCAUGACCGAACCUUCAACUUCACGGGGGACAGCCAGGCUCAGGAGCUGUGCCUCUACCUCACCAAGGCGGCCAGCGUCCCAUACUUUGAGAUUCUGGAGAACGAGUUCAUGGUGGAGGAGCACGAGCUCCAGAAGGAGAAGAUUCAGGAGGACUACAACGACAAGUACUGGGACCAGAGAUACACCAUCGUCCAGCACCGGAUCCCCUCGUCCAUCAAGCACUACUUCCUGAUGGACAAAGGAGAUUUCUUCGUGCACUUCAUGGACCUGACGGAGGAGGAGCUGAAGAAGCCGGUGGACGACAUCAUCGACCUAAUGCCUCAUGACGUCAUCACCCAGCUGCUGCGGGUCCUGGCCAUCGAGACCAAGCAGGAGAAGUCCAUCAUCAACGCCGACCCCGCCGAAUCCGCCCUCAGCGGCCUGGAGGCCUUCUCCUUCGACUACAUCGUCAAGAAGGCGCUGACGAGGUACCAGAUGCUGUUCAGGCACAUGUUCUUCUGCAAACACGUGGAGAGGCUGCUGUGCAACGUGUGGAUCAGCAACAAGGACUUCCGGCAGUACUCCCUCCACUCGGCCAAGUGGUUCGCGGCGGCCUUCGCCCUCCGGCAGCGGAUGCUGAACUUCGUGCAGAACAUCCAGUACUACAUGAUGUUCGAGGUGAUGGAGCCCACCUGGCACGCGUCCAACAUCGACGACGUUUUGUGCCACCACACCAGCUUCCUGGACAACUGCCUGAAGGACUGCAUGCUGACCAACCCCGAGCUGCUGCGGAUCUUCUCCAAGCUCAUGUCCGUCUGCGUCAUGUUCACCAGCUGCAUGCAGUUUUCGGCCGAACACGUGGACGCGCAGCAGGCCGACGCCAGCUUGGAAGCCACCAUCAGCAAGUUGGACUUUAAUGGAUUCUACACCGAGCGGCUGGAGCGGAUGGCCAUCGAGCGCAGUCAGAAAGCCGCCGCGUAGCGGCUCGUCUCUGCUUUUAAAUCUCCAUCCAGAAACAAAAGACCCCCCCCCCCCCCACGCCUGUCCAUCCCUCAAACCGCCCACCAGUGCUGAAACCAGUGUAUAUUUGUUUGAUAUUAUAUAGUGUAUGAAAUGUACGUGUAGAUGGACGCAUCUGCUCUAAAAUGUACCUGUUGAGACUCCUUAUGGGUACCUGAUUGUACCUGUACAGUGGACACGUGUUUGUAUUAAACUUCAUGCCUGUUACAAGAAUAUGCUGA